CUGCAUCAACACAUUAAUGAUCCCACAAGCCAGGAAGCAUUGAAGAUAAAGAUAAGCUCAGUCACAGUUGAAAUUGCCAUUAGUUAUUCGCCAGCAAAAACCCGCUACAAAUCUCAAUGUGGUAGUAGUAACCAACCAAUCCAAGUAGCUUUUACUUACUUUGGAAGAAGUAACUAAGCACCCUCUCCAAGGAGAUCGAUGCUAGCUGCAGCAUUAAUAAAAGAAAAGGUUGCUACUUUGCAUGCCAGCAUAGGCUCACACUUUCAAGUUUCACAAAGAGAAGAAACAGCUCACCUAAACUAAAGCCUAAAUACACCACACUUUUAUCUCUUCUGUCUUUACUACCGCCGGAUGAGCUCUGCUUUGUUACCAUAGUGUAGAGUGGAUAAGGUUGCAGAAUCUUGAGUGCUGCUGAGCUGUGAUGGGACUUGCUCUCUGGGCAUUGCUGGAUGCUGCUAUGCCCAUUUCCUUCGUCUGUGAUCUUUUGGACUUUUGCAAUUAACCAAGUUGUUAUAUAUAGAGAUCAUCUCAGGCUCAGUUCAAAACCCAUCAUUUUCUUUCUGCCUUUUUUACUAUACAUAACCAAUAGCAAUGGCAGAUUGGGGUAGUUUUCUCAACAAAAGCAGUGGUUCAGGUGGGGGAUCAAUGAGGAAUGAAGAUUUUGAUGAAGAAGAAUUAUGGGGUGUGAAAAAGGAGAGGGAUUGUUUAAUCCCAGCCACAAGGGUAUCCAAGGAUUCCUCUGGUUCUUCUGCAUGGCUCAUACCAACUUCUCCAAGAAAGAUUCCAAGGGCUACUAGCAUUACACAUGCAAAUGUGGUUCAAGGGUCCUCGCCCUCGGUACCUGUAGACAUUCCUGACUGGUCAAAAAUUUAUGGGAUGAAUGGCCAAAAAGGGUCUAGGAAUGGUUCAUUGGCUGAUGUUGGAGAGGGUGUAAGCAACAAGGGAGAUUGUGUUUAUGGAGAUCAUUACCAUGAUGAUGGUGGUGAUGAUGAUGAUGGUGAGGAUGGGGAUAAGGAUGAUAUGAUUCCUCCCCAUGAAUGGAUUGCAAGGAAACUUAAAAGGAGCCAGAUUUCAUCUUUUUCUGUUUGUGAAGGGAUGGGGAGGACACUUAAAGGGAGAGAUCUCAGCAAAGUGAGAAAUGCUGUUUUGACCAAAACUGGUUUCAUAGAGUAGUGUAGGGCUAUGUUUGGAUACUGUUGUAUCAUUGUAUGUUGCCUCAAUGCAAAUGGACUUGAACGAAACUCUUCUUAUGAUUGA